CAAAACUUUAAAUGGUAAAAUAUAAAUGUUACAUGUAUUGGCGAGAUCUCAAGGUUUUGAGUUUAGACUAAUACCCCAAAUAAAUAAAUGAAUAAAUAAAUAAAUAAAUAAUAAUAAUGAUAGUACAUGCUUGACGGCUUGACCUUCUACGAGGUUCCAUUUAUUUGGUGAGAGCUUUUGUUCCUAUAAAUACCGUGGGUGGGUUUGUGGUAAAGCUCAUCCCACAAAACUCAAACCCCAUUCUUGUGUACAUCCUUGAAACCAAAUUUCCUUAUAAAAAAAAAAAAUGGCAGAACAGAAAAGCAAGAUUCUGAUAAUCGGAGGUACGGGGUACAUCGGUAAAUUCAUAGUCGAAGCCAGCGCUAAAUCCGGCCACCCCACCUUCGCCUUAGUCCGCGAAUCCGCAGUCUCCGAUCCCGUCAAGGGCAAAAUCGUCCAGGAAUUCAAGAAUUCUGGCGUCACCAUUGUCACCGGUGAUCUGUACGACCACGACAGCUUGGUGAAGGCGAUCAAGCAAGUCGACGUUGUUAUAUCCACCGUUGGAUCCUUGCAAUUGGCCGAUCAAGACAAGAUUAUUGCUGCUAUUAAGGAGGCUGGAAAUAUUAAGAGGUUUUUCCCGUCGGAAUUCGGUAACGACGUGGAUCGGACUCGGGCUGUUGAGCCCGCUAAAUCCACUUUCGAACUGAAGGCCCAAAUCCGUAGGGCUAUCGAGGCCCAAAACAUUCCGUACACAUAUGUCUCGUCCAAUUACUUCGCGGGCUAUUCACUUCCGUCUCUGCUUCAGGGGAAUUUAACUGCUCCUCCUAGAGACAAAGUUACCAUCUUAGGAGAUGGCAAUACCAAAGGUGUGUUCAAUUACGAGCAAGACAUCGGGACUUACACGAUCAAAGCUGUGGAUGAUCCAAGGACACUGAACAAAAUUCUCUACGUUCGGCCUUCGAAAAACAUAUACUCGUUUAACGAGCUCGUGGCUUUGUGGGAGAAGAAAAUCGGGAAGACUCUCGAAAAAGAAUAUGUUUCCGAAGAACAACUGCUUAAGCAGAUACAGGAAUCACCGAUUCCAUUUAAUAUAAUUCUGGCAAUCAACCACUCGAUUUUCGUGAAGGGAGAUCAAACUUACUUUGAAAUCGAGCCAUCGUUUGGGGUUGAGGCCUCGGAACUUUAUCCGGAUGUUAAGUACAAAACUGUGGAGGAGUAUCUUGAUCAGUUUGUGUGAAAGAAAAUGUGAUCUGUGGGAAGGCUUACCUAUAAUUGGUUUAUCUUUGGUCUUGAGUUUUUUUUUUUUCAAGUGCUUUGUUAUGGCAGAAAUUCUAUGGUGUCUUGUAUUUGUUGUUUAAUAAUGGAAGCAUUUGGUCAAUAAAAAUGGAGAUUGCUUGAGAUUUGAUUGCUUGUGUUGUUUUCAACCGAGCCGAUUUGUCUCAUUUAUCAAUAUUAACAACUCAAAAAUUACAUAAAAGUUUCUACAAAUAUAAUGUUCUUUGUC